GACCGACACCAUCAACCGCGCGACUCAAAGGGCAACAGCAACAUUACACAACGCGUCCAGCGAUCCAGCGACACAACUGUGACGACGACUGCGACAACACUUACACGCAUACAGACAACAGACCAAGAUCCUCCAUCGCAUCAUUCACAACAACCUGUACAACACCCAUACCUCCAUCAACCCACUCACUCCCCAUACCCACUAGCAUGGCCUCGUAACCCCGUCCUUCACCCCUCAUCACCAUGUCGUCGUCGCGCCUUCCCCUGGCACCAGACCCAGACAAGUGGAUUGAGACAAGGCCAAAGUCUCAGCCAGUCCAACGACCCCUCGUAGACCUCAAGUUUCGCGCACAUGCCGGGAUAGCCACGCCGCCUUCCUCGACACAACGCAAGCGUGGACCACCAGCGUCCAACCUGUCUUCCUCGCAGACUGCGACGACGGCGAAGAAGCGCCGAACAUCUGUGCCAGACGUCACGCCGACAGCACAGAACCGCGGCAUACUGUCGUAUCUCACACCGCCUACCACUGAUGGUGUAAAGGGCAAGGCAAAGGCAAAGGAGCCAGCCGAACGCGUCCAGCGCCCGCUCGACGCGGGCGACGCGACUUCCUCCAAGAGUAAAUCAGUCGCCUCGCCCCAGCGCCCAUCCUCGUCCCGCAUGACUACCACUCCACCACCGCCAGAGCUCCAGUUUACGCAAGUGCCCGACGAUGUGUUCGAGCGACACAAGCGGCUGUGCGGCCAAGACUCGGCGCGCAAGCGCAAAGUCGUGUCCCCAUGGCGCGGGGUGUGGGAGCCGAUCGACGAGGAGGCCGAGCAACGACAGCGCGAGGAAGACAGGGCCGAACGAGACAGAGAGCGUGCGGCCGCAGCGGCCAAGCGCGACGAGGACAAGGAACGCAAGCGCUUACGCGUCGACGUCCGUGAGGACAUCAGCCGUGGUGCCGUGGCCCGCGUCGCGAGUACGAAAGCUCGACGAGUGCUGGGCGAAACAAGAUCAUUAGUCCAUCUCAGUUCGGAGGGCUCGUCGGAGCGCAGCUCGUCGCCCAGCAUGGAACGGCCCGCACUCGGCGCGAAGAAUCCCAACACACUGAGAAAGUACUCGUCCGAGACGACGGGCUGGCGGGAGACAAAGAGCACGGCUGCCAAGCUCGCUCCCCUCCCUGUUGCCCAGCGCCGGUCCCCGCCUCGAGCCCGCCAGCUGUCUUCCUCCCCUGUCGCAAUCACCACCCCGCCGAAACGCAAGUCUCCCCAUCACAAAGUCACCCCACCGAAGUCGACAAAGUCGAGCACGCCCAGCCGGUACGGCGAGCAGCAGGAGACGCUCUUCGUCUUCCCGCUGCCGGCGCCGCCCAAGAGGCCCGUCUUCGAGCCGAUCCAGCCCAAGGCUGACGAGUGGGAGGCGGUCGACAUGGAGCCAGAGACGCUCAUGACCUGGAGUCUGGGAGGGGCACGGAGACCAGCCGCCGACCCUCCUUCCUCUGGUGGCCCGAAGCCUGCGGCCGCCUUCGUGCCCGAUGACGACGACUCGAGUAGCAUCGCACCAUCCAUUCCUUCUCAAGACUUCCCAAAGCUCUUGGAAUCGUUGGAGGAUACCCCUCGCAAGGGCGUGAUCCCUCAUAAGAGCUCGCCACUGCGAAGCGAACCAGAGGUGACGCCUCACAAGAGCUCACCCUUGCGGCUCGAGCGCGAGGUUACUGCCCCUCCUCCGGCCAAGCAGCCGCGUCCGCCAUCGCCGAUCUAUGUCGAGUCGGACUCGGAUACUCCUAGAAGACCAUCACAGCAGAGCGUGGUUGAGCUGCCCUCUUCAAUCCCUCCGCCGGCGAAGCAGCCACGUCGCAAGUCGCCACAAUACCUGGCCUUUUGCUCGCCCGCCCUCGAGCGGAACGGCUUCCAGCCUUCCUCCCCCUCCCCCUCACCGUCACCCAUCCGAGCCUCCAAAUCGCCGAAGAAGCUGGUUCGCCUCGCCGACACGUCUCGUCGCCGAGCCCACCAGCUGUUCUCGAGCCUCUCGCAGCCGUCAGGGUCACCACCAUCAGCGCCACAAGCCAAGGCUCGCUCAUCGCGUUCAGCGCGCACCACGCCGGCCCGCGCCUCCCGGCCGACUCGGAAGGCUAGCACGUCGCAGUCCAAGCUCGAAUCGUUCGGGUACUUCCCUGCCAACUCAAAGUCCAAGCCUGACUUUGACACUGCGUUCUCAGAUGAAGAGGACUUGGCUUUCAGCCCGAGCUCUCAGGAGGUCGUCGAGCCGAAGAGGAGCUCGGCUACGCCGCGACCGUCAUCACGUACCCCCGGGAAGCGCCUCCAGCCUGUGCCCGAGGCGCCACCCCAUCCCUCUCUCCGCGCGUCUGGCAUCGCCGAGCUCAAGCGGCGCGAGGACGAGGCGAUGGCACGCCACCUGGCGCAGCAGCGUACUCCUAGGGGAUCGUCGACACCUAAGCGCAAGACGUCGUCGUCGCUUCGCACCUCCACUUCCCCGGCUUCACCCCUCUGGACUCCGCCACGGCCUAGCAGCUUCACGAGUGGUAGAGACAGCGACUCGACAGCCUUCUCAUCCAGCUCGCUCGCGGGCGAGGACGCACCAAGAAUCAGCGAGAGUACCCGCCAGUGGUGGGACCGUCUCGGCGAGAGCGAUGGCGAGGGCCUGUUGCCAUAA